AUGGGGAAGAAUCAAGGUGCAGGAGUGAGUAACAAGUUCGGGACAAAGGUGAAGAACAAGAGGAAAGCGUUUGCAACAGUAAUUCCGGCUCCAAGGAAAUCCGUCAAGAGAAUGGUUUUUGAGUCCCUGUUUCAUUUUCUCCUUCGUUUGUUUUCGUGUGAUUCAAGGAAGAAACCCAAUCAGAAGCUCUCUGAUUCUCCCUUCUGCACUAUCAUCCUGGCUGUGAUCAAGAUCUCGGAGAAUGCUCUUUAUUUCUACUUUUUUUCUUUUGUCGCUUGA